CCACUUGCCUACCACCGCAUCAAAAAUCAAGACCAACUUUCCCGGUCGUUGUAAGAAACAUGGAUCCAAUAAAUGGGCGUGAAGGCCUCGAAGCUUUUAGAAUUGCCUCAUUGCCGCCUGAGUUCUACUACAUCCCGAACUUCAUCACAGCAGAGGAAGAAGCGUCCAUAUUGGACAAGAUCCCGGCUAAUCGUUGGAUCACCCUAUCCCAUCGCCGCCUGCAAGCCCACCCCUCGACCCUCACCAAGAACAACACCCUCCUUGGCGCGCCCUUGCCGCCUUACCUCCUAACCCCCAUCGCAGAGCGCUUCAAGCAGCUCGGCAUCUUCGACGACACGCCCCACCGGCAGCCUAAUCACGUGCUUAUCAAUGAGUAUAAGAAGGGUGAGGGAAUUAUGCCCCACGAAGACGGCGCGGCGUAUGCGCCUGUUGUUGCGACGGUGAGUCUGGGCGGGAGUCUGUGUUUGGAGCUUACGGUGAAGAGUUCUGUGCCUGAAGGCGAGUCUGCUCCUGAAGAAGAAAAAGGUGGAGAGAAGGGGGAGUACGCUGUGCCCGCGCGGAUUUUGCAGGAGCCGAGGAGUCUGCUUGUCACGACGGGUGCGGCGUACGCAGACUUGCUGCACGGAAUCUCGCCGGUCGAGGUGGAUGAGGGGCUUGGGGAGGAGACGGUGGCGAACUGGGCUUUGUUGGGUGAUAGCAGUGCCUUUGAGGGAGGCAGGAACGAGCGAGGUACAAGAGUUAGUUUGACGUACAGGGAUGUGUUGAGGGUCAGUGGAGCGGCGUCAAAGGUGCUGGGAAUGGGCAGGCGGUGAAGGUUGCGUCUUGGGAAUGGAAUCCAGUGAUGAUUCAAGCGCCGUAACAGCAAGGGGGCAUAUGAGAGAGCGACGAGUGAAUGUAGACUCGCGUGCCCAAUGUACGAGACGGUCUCAGCCCACAGUUUGCGCUGCGCACAAACUGCCAACAAAAAAACCCGUAUUUGCUAG